GAUGCUUGAGUACAAGAAUAAAGCUAAAUUGACCAUAAAGUGCAAAAUGUAUAAGGGAUUACCGGCUGUGGAAGUCGGCAGCAGUGGCAGAGGCUUGUCGCUGAUCAAUUGAAGGCAGUGUGGCUGGCGCCGUGGCCCAAGGAGGGUGUAUCCACACGGGCUCCCUGCCAUCACCUUACUGUGCACCUCCAGCCUCGCCCCCUCACCGUCUGCCUACUGCGUGGGUGGUGGCGUGGGAGUGUAGUAGCCAUGGUGAUCGCCCGCUGACCCGCCACGCCGCGCCCGCACCUGCACCCACGCCCCGCCACGUCACGCCACCCACGCAUCCGUACCCACACGCAAGCAAGGGCCAUGCACAUUCGCCUCGCCGCACAUAUUAAGAGCUGCCAGCUGCCUCAGAUUACCGGGCUGUGAGCGCCGCCACACCGGAGGAGGCCGGGGCGACGCUAAGACCAAGGCAUCUUUACGUGGCGGCAAGUCUGGAGGACAAAAGUCACGUGUCGCCUUCAGGGACCAACAUGGCGAGUUUGUGAGCUGCACGGAGCGUCACCAGAUGGAGUGAGGCGAAAUCACACAGCCUCAGCCUCAUGCGUGAUGUUGGUGCUCCGGACGCCCAUCAGACAGUGUGCUUGGCGGCGCGGAGCUGACGGCCGCCCUGCUGUGUGGCACGCACCGCGCCGCGGGGGUGGCAUGGAGGGCGAGGACCACCGGGCCAGCUUAUAUUCCAGGACGAACUUAUAAGAGCAGAGGAUGAAGGUUGCCAUCCCCGGACGUGCCAUGAAAAUGGAAGAGAUACCGCAUGGUGCGCACCUCACCCCAAUACUCAAACACACCAAAAUUCCCUACAACAACAUUGAAAUACGGCCCCCAAUCGACUUCCUGAGCCUCAGGGCGGGUGGCGAGGGCGGGGCGCGUGGCCUGGACGUUCCGUCCUUGCUACCGCUGCCGAGCACAUCCAGCGUCAACCAUAAUAACAAUAACAACAAUAACAGCAUUAGCAAUAAAGGAUGGAAAAAGACUGCGAGGCUGUACAAAAAAGAACUUAAAGCUAAAGGCAAUAUACGUCCCUCUACUGCAGUUCGGCGCCACGUGAAAAAGAUUUCUGAGGAGUUUACACUGACGCAAGUCAAGUAUGAAAAUGCUGUCAUCACGGAGGGGAAGGACAAGACCCAGACAAGGUCAUCCUCCUCCUCGUCCUCCGCGGCUAACAACAACAAGGCAGCCACCAAGAGCGCCUCGUCCAAGGUCACCUGCACCAAGUGUGAGUCAGCAUCCAAGUCGUCGUCCAAGACCAUGAUGGCUCCCCUCAUCUCGCCCAUGUCCGCCAACCCCCCAAGGUCCUCCUCAGCUAAGGUCCCCUCCGGUCGGAGCAAAUCAGGCCCCCCUCGGGAGGGCGGGUCACCGGUCAAGCGGCCUCCAUCGUCCCUCACGCCUCCGGCUCGGCCCAAACACUCCGGCGGCCGUUGUGGCGGCGGCGGAGAGUGUGGAGGCCUCGUGCCCCCCACCAGCCCCGCCCAGCACAGGUCUCCGGGGCGGAGGACUUCCCUAAUGGGGGUGUCACCUCGCUCCAAGCAGGUGUCCUUUGAACAAAUUAAAAAGGUCAAGAUGUUCACUGAAAAGGCAAUCUUGGAAGGCCGCGUGUUCUCAAUCUUUGGAUAUUUCCCUGCUAUCAGAGAUGCGCUGCGUCGGCGAGGAUGGGUUGAGAAAAUGCAGCACAACGUCCCUUAUCUCAACCCGCACCCCAGCAACUGUGUGUGUCCUCAUGUGGGCUACCAGGCCUCCUUCCUACCGCCCUCCCCCGCCCACCACGCCCACCCACCCGGCCACUUCACAGCCACGGCACAGCCCCCCUCAGCCCCUUCCACACCCGCCUCGACCCGCCCGAAGCAGGACGAAGAAAAGGGAGAGGAUGAGGCAGCCAAGGACGAGGGUGCAAAGAAUAGUAGUGAAGGAAGCGAAAGCUCCACCAGCCCGGAGAACACGCCGUCUCCUGCCGCUCAGCCUUUGGGUAAACAACCGCCAACAUCAUCAUCACCACCACUGCCACCAUCACCAUCUAUUGAACCUUCCCUGCCAUUGCUGCCGGUAGCAUCAUCACCACCACCACCACCACCAUCACCACCAACAACAACGUCAUCGUCCCCACCAUCGUCAUCAACGCCACCAUCAUCGUCAUCAUCCUUGUCAUUAUCUAUAGAAUCCGAGGACUUCAAAACCGCCACUGCCACAGUAGGUUCUUCCAGCGUAGACGAAGUAGUGUCAGACCCUUAUAUCAGCCCCCAAGCCCGGGACACACUCACAACGAGCCUCCCUGACGCCGCCUCGAGUGUCAGCCCGGUAGUGGAGGAGUCUUCCAACACCGCCGAGCGGUCUGCCACCAGCCAAGAGGCCGCCUCCGUGAACCAGGUCGACAGGAUCAACACUGCCACGUUGGGCCCCUCGGAGGUGCGAAGGGGUCUUGCCGAGUCCAUUACCGAGAGGAACGCAACCAUAUACAAGUAUAAUACGAAGCAUGUUCCUGUGAGGCGGGUACCGCGAUCCAAACCCGCCGGCAAGGAGGAAUCAGUUCCUGAAGGGACCACAGCCUGCGAGGCGACUGAAGGGGAGGAGAAUGAAGAAGAGUCUGAAACUGUAGAGGAACAAGAGGAGACCGCCGAAGCAGGAGAGGAGGAGAGUACCAAGGAGGGAGUGCCCACCCCGGAGCCCUACAACCCCUACGUGGACUUCGAGGUGAGCGACGUGGACCUGCCGCUGGUGGCUCGUCUGCUCCGGAACGUGGAGCCCAAUCUCUUGUGGACGUGGACCAGAGACUCCAUUUCCUUCAAGCACCUGAGCCGAGAGCAGGUCGUGAACCGCUUCCCAAACACGCCCUUCACCACCAAGUACGGGCUGUGCGAGACGCUGCAGCAGCUGCACUGGUUCAGCGAGGCUUCUGGCGUGGACACGUUCGUCCCUCGGGGCUACUGCAUCGGGCAUGAGGACGAGCGCACGGCCUUCAUCCACGACUACCGCCUCACCGCCUGCCUCAACAUGCUCAAGUGGCUCACGGAGCGUCACGAUACCCACGGCUCCAGCGCCGUGUCCGACUCUCACGGCGAGGUGCCCAUGAAGCGGAUGCGGCAGGCGUUGGGGCACGUGGAGCAAUACAUCCAGAGCUGCUGCCACGACGACCUGGACGCCCCCACGCCGCCCUCCCUGCGGGAACACGAGUGGGUGGCGCUGCUCGCCGCCCACCACAAGAUUGUGCACUCCGACAGGAAGGUCAAGGUGGCCACACCCAACCAGCUCCAGGCCCUGGUGCGGGACUGCGAGUCUGCCCUGGAGCGGGUGUUGCCCUUCUGGCCUCAGCUUGCCAUGGACGGCGUGAGGAACCUGUGGAUCGUGAAGCCCGGGGCACAGUCUAGAGGACGGGGAAUUUUCAUGAUGAACCACCUGGAGGAGAUCCUGGCGCUGGUGCAGUCCCCCCUCAUCUACGAGACCAAGUACGUCGUCCAGAAGUACAUGGAGCGGCCGCUGCUCAUCCACAACACCAAGUUUGACAUCCGACAGUGGUUCCUCGUGACGGACUGGAACCCCCUCCACGUAUGGGUGUACAGGGAGUGCUACCUCAGGUUCUGCUCACAACAGUUCGACCUGACCAACAAUAACGAGGCUGUGCACCUCAGCAACAACGCCAUCCAGUGCAAGUAUCUCAACGGCGAGCGGAGCGGCGAGCUGCCCGAGGAAAACAUGUGGGACGUGCACCAGUUCAAGGACUACCUGAGAGGGGUGAAGAAGGAGGGGAAGUGGGAGGAGGUGAUCUACCCCGGCAUGCGGGACGCCCUGGUGGCUGCCAUGCUCGCAGCGCAGGUAGAGAUGGACUCCUUCAAGCACGGCUUUGAACUGUUCGGCGCAGACUUUAUGCUCACAGAGGACCUCAGGCCGUGGCUCAUCGAGAUCAACUCGUCGCCGUGCAUGGCCGCCACGACCAGCGUGACGCGCCGCAUGUGUGCCCAGUGCCUGCAGGACGUGAUCAAAGUGGUGGUGGACUACAAGAACAACAAGACGGCCGACACGGGGCUCUUCGAGUUGGCUUACCGUGACAGCGAGCGGUCCAUCCCCAACCCUCCUUACCUGGGCGUCAAUCUGCAGGUUGUGGGGCGGCAGAUCAAGAAGGGACCAAUAAGACCAGAAAAACGGAAGACCAAGAAGACACGUCCGGCUGAGCGGCAGGUGAAGGCUCUGCCCCUCAUUACUCUGUCCUUGGAGGAAGGGCCCAACAACACCCUCCACGCCCAACGUGAGCCUGCAAGGGAACCGCCAGGGGCCAUGACGAGACACUGUUCCCUUCUAGAUUGUAGAAAAUAUGCUAAUGGAAGCACCAUCUCACUGCCAAUAUCUUCCGUAGCAGAGUCUUCAGAGGUAGAAGAUGAGGACUGCAAACAGGCCAAAAUAUUUAUGAGCAGCUCUUCUGAAACAAGACUCUCCAAACCCGUGUUUCCAGAUGUUCUUCACGCAACAACCACACCAGAUUAUGAUAAGAACAGACCCAGAGACGUGACCGAAGACAGGGGCGGGUCUCAGGGCCCCAGGACAACAGUGACGCCAGGAAGAACUUAUUCUGAUAAGGCCAUCUCUUCCGUGGGCUCAUGACCCAAAUCCAAAGUAUUAAGUUGAUAUUAUGAUAAAAUGUAUCGAUUAUUGAAGCUGCCGAGGUACAAGAAGAAAGCUAAAUGUGCCAAUAUAAGUUAGUAGUGGUGCAAGAUACCUGCCGUUUGUAAAUGUGUAUAUAAUAGAAAUUUGAACUGAAAAUAUUCAACAGAAUAAUUGUAUUAAAGAAGAUGUAACGUGAAGCGAGUCUGGGCAUACAGACACUACACUUUGGAAAACACAUCGAAACAGAAAACACAGUAAUGCAACAUGUGCCCCGCUGAGGACUGCCGCUCAUCAUCGUCUGCCACAAGGUUGAUUGACUUAUUUUCUUUUGUUUGUAACCAUGGAUUCAAGGAGUUAAGGAAUAUACGACUCAUAACCUUUAUUUACUUAACUGGAAUAAUACUUCAUCCUUACAAAAAUGCACAUAUAGAAAAUUUGUAAACGAAAUCAGAGUCAGUUUGCGGCUUACUGGAAUUGAAAAUAUGUACAGAUUUAUUUAAUAACGAAAAGCGUUGCGACAAAACUUAAAACUGGUUGAUGAAGCAUUUGUAAUUGUCUCCUGAGUCGCAACUAAAAUUCAGCAGUUUCAACACAUCUCUGAAAUAUUCAUUGUCUUUCAAAGUAUAAGCAGUGUGAAUAAUGAAGUAACUGUUAUGAAGUUUAUACAAUUAUUCGUGUGGUAAAUAUACAAGUAGCGCAGAGAGGUGCGCCUGAUGGUUGGUGGGCGCUGAGGGAGGUGAACACCGCGGGGCCGAGGCACGGGGCAGCGGGGCAGCUGAAGGAACACAGUCUUCAGAACAAAAUUGCAAUACGAAUAUAAGUAAUCAUGAAAAGAAUAUAAUAUUAUUUGAAAUUAAUUGUGAUACAUAAAGAUAAACACGACCCCAAAACUCGGACCGUAUACGUUAAAAGAAACACUUAAUAGUAACUCUUUUGACAUAUAUAUAGUGUGUGUAUAUAUAUAUAUAUAUAUAUAUAUAUAUAUAUAUAUAUAUAUAUAUAUAUAUAUAUAUAUAUAUAUAUAUAUAUAUCUAUAUAUAUAUAUAUAUAUAUAUAUAUUAUUUUCGUGAUUUGAUUUGCCCGUAUCCAUUGUAUCGUACAGAUGAGACGUGGCCUCCACACACCCCAACCAGUGUUGCUUAAGUAAAUAACAACGAUAGUGAACUUCAGUCGUGUGCUUUACGUUGGCUAAGUCGAGCCUUUUAUUGCUGCAGCUUACUGUGAUGCCAAACGAAGCUCCUUGGAGGGUUCACAUGGGUUAUAAUGUUGCGAGCUUAAGUUCCGUCGCCGGUCACAGGGUUGUCCAUCAAAACAAUCGCAUGGAUCCUUAAAAUAAAGUCGAAGCGAGGUCUGUGUGAAACACUUGUUUUCGGGCUGCUUCUCUCUGAACCACUCAGCGUGUCAUCACGUUAUAAUGGACAGAGGAAGUGACAGCACUAUGUGAAUGUAAAGCUGUGAUUUUUUAUUGGGUUCAAUUAGAAUCGUCGUAAAAUAUGAAUCCUUAUGGUAAAUUAUGACCAGUAACAUCUCCCUGUAAGUACUCUAUAAUCAUUUUGGCAACACAUUAUGAAUUUAUAAAUAGUUAUUUUACGUUCAAAAAAUUGCGAAAUGGCGUCGCGCGAACCUCCAACCCGAGCUGUGUGGAAGUCGUGAAACAUAGAGCAUGACUUGUAGUUGCUAGGUGUGUAUCGUGUCCGGUGCCACGUUGUUAUUAAAGAGACAGUCAUUCAGGUGAAGCAAUGGAAGUGAUGCCACACAAGUUCACAAUGUUCCGCAAUCAGCAUGGUGUCACGGUACGUGCAUAGUGCGCCGUGUGUCCGGUGCAUCCUGCGUGUCCUACAGCCACAUUAGUAAAGGGAAGUACAAACACAAGGUUGGUGUUAGAUGGCACAUGUAAAAUUUCAGUAAAGGAUAAUUUAUUUACGUGAAAUUUCAUUGAACGAAGGCUGAGUGCUAAUAUCCUUUCACCAGUGGCUGUGGAAUGCCUUGCCCUGCAAAUUUGAUACGUUAGUGUCAAAACUAGAAAAAAAUAACGAAAUCAGCGAUCCCGAGGUUGUGCAAUGACGUAAUUCCGAUAACGUACGCGCCAGCCUCCCAACACCAACUGAAAGUGAAACACCUAUUCACCCACUGACUCAAAAUCCUUUGUCUCCCCUCCUCAUGAAUAUUCAUGUGGUCACUACAACAAUUAUAUAAAGUAAAUAUGGAUGAUCAUUGGCCCUUUUAAAAAUGAAGCUGUGUAAAAUAUUUUUCCCUUUUAAUUUUAGUGUUACCCUUUAAUAUUCUUGAAUAAAUGAAAUCUGAAAGAGAACACAUAAGUUACCAUUUAACAGUAUGGGUUAGGAACCCAUUCACCUUAUGGUUUAAUAUGAAAUCAAACCUCAAGGUAAACGGCAAGUGAUAUUACUCAGCUGUUGGAUGACAUGAGUCUCGCCGCUGGGACUACAUGCAUCGGAAGAGGCAGUAAAUGUGCAUGUGUUGCUGUUGUGUUGUGUGUGUUGGUUACAAACUAUUCCUGUUGUGCAUUAGACGGUGGUUAGGGUGUUGUGUGGCAGCAGGGCCAAUGACUGAAUAAUUUAUGCCAGCGAUAUGAUAACGGCACUUUUGUAUGUCUCGCGAAGUUUUGUUUGAUAAUCCUUUAUUAAUAAAGCCUAUGUCCACUGGUUUAA